AUGGCUAGCUCAUCAGAGGAAAAUAAGGAAAUAAUUAAUUUAAAGGACGCCUUUAAUCUAAGUAUUCUAAAUAGGGAAAAUACAUUGACAAUUAAUAAUGGCAAGGAUGAUGAGUUCUACCCGCAUGCAAUACUGAUGGAUCGGAGAAAUAUCGAUCUGUUCAAUAUGGAUUUAACCAAGUACCAAAAAAGUGAAUAUAAAAGAAUUUUUAAUUUGAACUCACGACGUAUUACUGAUGAGCCCAAAUUUACGUCUGAACCAUCUGCGCAUGAAAAUUUAUCGGAGUCUAAAGAGACACAAAAAAAAAGAAGAAAAGAGGAUAGCACUAUAAUGCCUCGAAUACACAUCUUUUUAAGUUUUUUCAUGCCCUUUAUAGGAUGUCUCUCAUAUUUGCUGAAUUUAAAGUAUGAUGAAUCAUCACCAAGACGUAAAUAUGCCAGUAGGGCCCUAUGUGUAGGAAGCACCUUGAGCGUCAUUUACUCAUUUGCCUUAUGCUCUUUGCUAGGGCAUUAUUUUUAUCAGUAUAACUCUGACGAUUUAUAUGGAUAUACAUAUUAA